UCUCGCGUCCCUCGAACUGCUGGAAAGGUCCCUGCGCUCUCCGAGGUCUGGCCCGCUCUUCCGAAGUUCACAGCCAAGAGCCGUCGUUGAGAUGACCCGUGCUGGCUUGUCCUGCUGGUUGCUGCUCUGCGUCGUGGGCCUGGGACAGGCGAGACCGCGCUCGUCCGGCCUGACCCCGGAGCUACCGGAGUGCCUGGCGCAGAGCGUGUGCGGAUACGUGCAGCUCAACGUGGCCGGCGUGAACGCGGAACAGCUCUGCCGAUGCCCCGACGACGCCGGCUGUCCGCUGGUCUGGGAUCCGCUGGACGGACGCACCGUGUCGCACGGCAACGACCAGUACAAGUACUGCGAGCGAUCGCCACGGCUGAGCGUGUGCUCUACGGAAGAGGUGGUGUACAGCAGCUACGUGGAGAUGUCGUUCGCGACCAGCGGCAAGCUGGUCAACACGGCCCGCGUGCACUGCCUCUGCCCGCCAACGCACAUCUUCGCCCAGAACCAGACCAAGUUCCACCAGUACAACAACGGCGUCACCUCCAUGGCCGUCAGCUCACUCUGCAAGCCCCCCCCGACGUGCGAUCCCGUGGAAUCGGACGCCUGCAUGGCCAUCUCCGAGUCCUUCCUGACCGGCGCCACGUUCCUGAAACGCGACUGCGCCUGCCCCGUCGGGCGCUACUGCCCGAGCGACCUGCGGAUGGCCGCGGACCGCGUCGAGCUGCCCAAGGGCGUCUACUACCUGAUGAACUGCGCCUGAAGACCCGUUGCCAGUCGUGCCGGGCACGCCUCGUGUACGGGUCCCUCUGGCGGCCACCAAUAAAGACGGCAGCAUGCGCCGCCGGUGCACCGUGUCUCCGCACCGCGGCUGCCGUGGCCGACGGGAGACGGGCGACGUUUUUCGUGGCUGCGAUUCAUCGGGCUCGCUUUUGCUGUCUCUUGCUUUUCAGCGAGCACGCCUGAUCGCAGCUCCCGUCCCGCAGCCGGGUGGCGGUCACGUGCCAACCCUGCCCUCAACCCCGGAAAAAAACGCACGCGGCACGCGUUCAUUCCGCUUGCCGUCAGAAGAACCCGAGGAUCCAGCGAGCGGCGCGUUCCUUCUGUAUCAGAGCGAGCCGUUUCGCUCGCUCCGGUGCGGUCAAUGCAAUACAAGCGGCGCCACCACAUAAGAAACCUUUUCGCGCCUCUUUUGGUACAGUAUUAAAAAGCAUUGCUAUACUA